CCUCACCCUAGGGGGUGCCAUCCUGUUGCUGAAUUUCCUGCGCUCACACUGCUUCACACAAGCCAUGCUGAGCCAGCCCCAGAUGGAGAUCCUGGAUGACUCCCUGGCCUACAGUGCGGGGCUGGCACUUCUGGGCGUGAGUAGCGUGUUUGUCCUUUGCAGCUUCUUAGCACUGGGCUUCACUGGGACCUUCCUAGGUGAUUACUUUGGGAUCUUCAAGGAGGCCAGAGUGACCAUGUUCCCAUUCAACUUCCUGGAUAACCCUAUGUACUGGGGCAGCACAGCCGACUACCUGGGCUGGGCUAUCAUGAACGCCAGCCCCACUGGCCUGCUGCUGACUGCUGUGGUGGCUCUCAUCUACAUGCUGGCACUCCAGUUUGAAGAGCCCUUCACUGCUGAGAUCUACCGGCAGAAAGCCUUGCAGGCCCACAAGAGGAGCUGACAGCCUGAGCCCUGUAGAGGACCGAACUUGGCCUCUGAGCACCCGUGAUGGGACCACACCUGCUCUGCUUGGUGCUUACUGCUGAGGGCUGCCCCAGUGCCUUGGAAGUCACUGCCUUGGGGGUCCCUGGACAUGCUGCUAUGUGGCUUUGGGGACCCUCCAACCCCAUGUCCUGGUGUACCAAUAAAGAAACCCUGACUCCAAAAAAAAUAAUAAUAAAAUAAAGUGCCUAGGAGAUGGCUCAGCAUUAGAGCACUGGACUUGUAGGCCUGAGGCCCCAGGAUUGAUCCCCAGUACUGCUUAUACAAGAACCAAGAAGUGCUUUGGUAUCUCUCAUGAAUUUAAAUAAAUAAAUCCUUUAAAAAUCAAGAAAAAUUAAAAAUGGGGGG